UUGGGUAACAGACUUCUGUUCUUGCCUUCUGCAAAGAAUAUGUCCAUGCUUGUGGUUGAAUCUAAUCCAUAUUCUACUGAUUUUGGUAUUCCAUAUCCCACAUACUUACAUUUGGCAAAGGACUUUGAAGUGUUCAUUUGGCAAGACCGGAUGAGGAAAUUAGAAAGGAAGUGGCUCUUCUCCUUUGUUGGUGCCUUGAGUCCUGCCAAUGCCAAGUCAAUUAGAGAGCAAUUUGUUAAUCAAUGCAAGAACUCCAAUGGCUGCAAGCUGUUGGAAUGUGAUUUUGGGGAGAGAAAGUGUCAUUCUCCAAGCAGGAUAUGCAGAUCAUACUGAGCUCCUCUUUUCUGCCUGCAACCUCAGGCUGAAUCAUACGCUAGAAGAUCAGCUUUUAAGUCUUGUUCCAUGUUAGCUGGUUGCUUAUCUGUCUUCUUAACACAAUAGACUUAGCCUCUUCCAAGGAAUUAUACAAAGUAUUCGGUGUUCAUUCCAAAGGAUUGCAUCCGUAAGAGGAAUGUUAGCAUAGAGUAAAGGCUUCUUAAAAUUUCUCUUGAGCAGGUAAAAAUCAUGAGGGAGGAGGUUAUGUCUAUUCCAUGGCUGGUGUAUGCAGAUCCUCACUCUAAAUUGGAGACUCUUAUAGAUGCAUAAUGCAUUUGAUGUUUCUGUACAACAGUCAUUGACAAAAUUACCAAGCUGAGGAGGGAUGUCAUUGAAUGUCAUACAGAUGAUUUUAUUGAGGAGAAAAGUUGGAAAUAUGCUCUGUUGGAAGGGGGGCAGCAUGAAGUGGGGCCUCAUUGGUGGGAUCCUUUCCUUUUGAAGCCAUAUAAUGGCGAUGAGGGUUCUAGUGAUGCAUCUGCACAAGCUACAAAAAAUUCUUGGAAGAAUGAGUGGAGAUCUCAAUCAUGAAAGAGGUAAUGAUCUGUCAAUAU